CGAUUGGUCGUGAAUGGUGCGUUUGGUCAAACAGAGCCCGGCGCACAGGUACAGCGCUCAUGAAAUAUAUAAAUAGAUGCUCACCGUUCUUCUGAUUAUUAUAGAUGCCAAGCAUUCAUUAAUCGAUAAGCCACAUAGGAUUUCUUUGAAGUAAUCAUUUUAUCAAGAGCAAAACAAUCGGUACUUCCUAUGAGGAAUUUGAACGGAAGAGGUACGUCUGCUAAUUUGUCCGGCUCCAUGGGCGUCAUCCGAAAUUGACCUUAUGAUCUCGUAGAAAAGGACUUUCCCUCUGACUGACAGUUACCUAGAACGCUAUAUGAUCGCAAGGUCUAACAGGAUGCCUGGAUCAGUCCCUGCAAGUGGUGAGGCCACCUGGCCUAAAGAUGUGGGUGUCAUCGCCCUGGAGGUGUACAUCCCCUCGCAAUAUGUGGAGCAGUCAGAGCUGGAGCAAUUUGACGGAGUCUCCGCGGGAAAGUACACCAUCGGCCUUGGCCAGGCGCGGAUGGGCUUCUGCUCUGACCGCGAGGAUAUCAACUCCCUCUGCAUGACGGUGGUCCAGAGGCUGAUGGAGAGAAACUGCCUGUCCUACGACUGCAUAGGCCGCCUCGAGGUGGGCACGGAGACCAUCAUCGACAAGUCCAAGUCGGUGAAGUCGGUCCUUAUGCAGCUGUUCGAGGAGUCUGGAAACACCGACGUGGAGGGCAUCGACACCACAAACGCAUGCUAUGGGGGUACGGCAGCCCUGUUCAACGCUGUCAACUGGGUGGAGUCCAGUUCUUGGGACGGCCGCUAUGCUCUGGUCGUGGCAGGAGACAUUGCCGUUUAUGCCACGGGCGGUGCCAGACCUACUGGUGGUGCCGGAGCAGUCGCCAUGCUUGUGGGCCCCAAUGCCCCACUGGCAUUUGACAGAGGUCUGCGGGGGACACAUAUGCAGCACGCCUAUGACUUCUACAAGCCAGAUAUGGUGUCCGAAUACCCGGUGGUGGACGGCAAGCUCUCCAUUCAGUGUUACCUGAGUGCGCUGGACCGCUGCUACAGUGUAUACCGCAACAAGAUCCACGCCCAGUGGCAGAGAGAGGGUGUCGACAAGCGUUUCAGCCUGGCGGACUUUGACUACAUGGUCUUCCACUCUCCCUACUGUAAGCUGGUGCAGAAGUCAUUGGCACGUCUCCUCCUCGACGACUUCCUGUCCCACCCUAAUCCCAACACUGAAAGUGGUUUAUACAGUGGCCUGGAGGCUUUUAGGGAUGUGAAACCAGAGGACACUUACUUUGACCGGGAUGUGGAGAAAGCUUUCCUGAAAGCGAGUGGGGAGAUGUUCGAGCAGAAGACUAAGGACUCUUUGCUGGUGUCCAACCAGAAUGGCAACAUGUACACCCCAUCUGUGUACGGCUGCCUAGCCUCUGUCAUUGCUCAGAGGACGCCUCAGCAGCUGGCUGGCCAAAGGAUUGGGGUUUUCUCGUAUGGCUCUGGGUUCGCUGCCACGCUCUACUCCAUUCGAGUCACACAGGACGCCACACCUGGGUCAGCACUGGAUAAGCUGGUGGCCAGCUUGAGUGAUCUCCAGGCCAGGCUGGACUCCAGGAAAAAAGUGUCUCCCGCUGUCUUUGCUGAGAACAUGAAACUGAGGGAGGAGACUCACCACUUAGCAAGCUACACACCCCAGGGUUCGGUGGAUGAGCUGUUUCCUGGCACCUGGUACUUGACACACGUGGACGAGAAGCACCGCAGGCAGUACUCCAGACGCUCACAGAGCGACGACACGCCUCUGGAAGCAGGCCUGGUCAACUCCACAACAAAAACAGAGCAUAUCCCCAGCCCGGCGAAAAAGGUGCCCCGUAUCCCUGCCUCCAAUGCUGGCCCUGGCCUCGUCACCAUUAGCAACGGGGAUCACUGAUUUGACCUCUAAGAGGUAUCAAAAUGGCAAUGGUUAUGGAAGAGGGAAACAUAAAAGGACGGAAAGCAACUGUUUCUGACCAAAUCCUCGCCGUAUCAAUAACUACUGUGUACCACAUGACUUAUUUUUUCAUCCCAGCUUGAUCACUCAAAAUUUAUUUUGCCAUCAUCAUUACUAUGCUUUAUGUUUUUGUCUAUUAUAUUUGAUUUUUGUUUUUUGUUUUUGUUUGUUUGUUUGUUUGUUUUAUUUGUUUUCUGUUUAUGUCUGUUUUUAAAAAAACAACACUCAUAGGACUGGUCUGAGUAUAUUAUGGACAUGGGGGAACUUGCAGUCCCCACCACCCAUUACAUGUAGGUGUGUGUCUAACCUGACUCUAGUAGGCAUAGCAAUGUUUUCACAAACCCAGAGCUGCAUAGUUCUCCCGGCGUCCAUGCUUGCAUUACGCUCACUAUCUUACCAUGGGCAUGACUUUAGGGGCAGGGAUUUCCCUCCUUAGGCCCAAACAGGAAGUAGAGCCUCCUGAAUUAAGGACUGAGGGUUUUUACAGGGAGCGGGAAGGGACAAAAAGGGAUGCCGGUCUUGUCCAUUUAUGUUUAUUUCACAGGUAUGAAAUGCUGCUGCUUCCUCCUCCUCCUCCUCCACAUGUUGGAACCACUUAGUGGCCGGACAACCUUAACACACCUGCAUAGUUGAUGGUUUUCCCAAAUACCUCGUUUAGCAAAGGAAUGGGUAGUUAGAGUGACUGUGCGUGUUGUUGUCUGUUGCAACCACUGUGACCAGCGGAAUAAGAGACCUAUGCAGACUGUUCAGUCAAUGGCACUUAACAGAAAUUCAAGUUUGAGAAUGUUGGUCUGCGUACGUGGUCCAAUUAAGGAAUGGUGCAGUUAGUAUGUGUAAGCAGUUGACACAUUAUUUGAAUGAGUUAAUAUUUAAUGCAUUUUAAUAUUCCUCCGAAGGAGAGGAUGAACAUCUUUUUUCCUUAAUCUGGAACUGUAUUAAUUAUUUAACUAUAUUAACUAAAAAAAGAAUUCCAGCAAUUUUGCUGGCAUUGAACCAAUAUAAGACAUUUUAUAAUGAAAAAGUAAUGAAAGAAUGGAAAAAUUGUAUAUUAUGAAAUACAAUAGUUUUGUUGGAUUGCAUAGGGAGUAAAUAAACUUGCCUCCCACUGA